AUGGUACCUAAUAAAGCCAUAAAGGCACUUGUCGGUAAUACUUUUGUUUCUUGUCACAUUACCAACUUGUACCACUUCGUCUUUGAUUCACAGAGUACACGGCCAUACUCAUGUCAGUUUUUGAUGGGGAAUUGUCUUCCUAAAGAGAUUACUACAGACAUACUAUCUCGUUUACCCAAUGAGUCACUCUGGGAAUGCAAGUUAGUAUGCAAACCUUGGCGAGAUCUAAUUGUUUCUGAUCCAUCUUUCACUCAUAUGCAUAUACAGCAUCGUCAGCGUGGGACUUGCAAUAAACAUGAUUCUUCUGCAGGACAAUGUGUAAAAAGAUUGUACUAUGCGGAAUUCAAUAAAAGUAAUGAAAAAUUUGUUAGAGUUAAAGAUCUUGAUUUAACGCAUAGAGAAGCAGAUAAUGGUAUUGAUUAUGAUACACUACCUAAUGACCGGUGGGGUCCAGAACCGUGGGAAAUACCGUUUGGUGAAGAAAUAGAACAUUAUGAAGAAAUUGUUGGCUCAUGUAAUGGGUUAGUUUGCAUUACGUUGUCUUACAAUAUCAAAGAGGAAUUAUUCUAUAAACCUUUGUACGUGUGUAAUCCCAUGACGAGAGAAUGUGUUGUUCUUCCGAAGAUAAUUGUUCCAACUGAAUCUGACGAUGAACCAUGUUAUAGUGAUGAUGAGGUUGAGUUAUGGCAUGGUGAUUUUAAUGAUGGAUUCGGUUACAGUCCUUCGACGAAUGAGUACAAGGUUGUUAGAAUUUACUAUGAUGAGGUAUAUGUGUACACUCUUGGGGAUGGCAAGGGGUGGAGACAUAUUGGAACUAAAGAAUACAAAUCUGGCGCAGGGGAGUAUGUACAUCGAGCAUAUAACUGGUUAGACAAGGAUCGGAAUUUAGUGUCGUUUGAUUUAGAAGAUGAAAAGUUUGGAGUGCUCCCUUCACCACCUUGCUUCCGUGAUUGGGAUGACUAUUCCUAUGAAUUAAGAGAAGAUGGAGAAUGUUUGAGCAUAGUCCACAGAAACCAAAGAUAUGUCUAUGACAUAUGGUUACUGAAGAAAAAGGAGCUUGAGAAGAAUGAAACGAAUAAGGAUGAGCAAGACUACCAACAGUCAUCAUGGAGUUGGAUGAAAGGAUUUACUCUUUACGAUGACCGUGAUGUCUCGCUGAAGUCAAACCACAAAAAACCCAAACCAUUUGCAAUUACGAAGGAUAGUGAAGUUCUAUUCCACGAUGAUAGGUUUUUCUAUCGCCAUGACCUGAAUACUAGAACAUCAUAUCCUCUCGUGGUUUUAAGAAGCGCUCCGGCGUUAGGAGAAAGAGAUACAAAAACGCUGACCCAAGAUAAGAUUAUAGUUCAAAAGUGCUUAGUUCCCGAGCUAACGUAUAACAUACUGGAGGAUGAGACAAAGAAAAGGAAGGAAAGAACAGAGGGGCAUCAAUGUUGGCGUUGGCCGGAUGUCCCUGGGUGA